AUGACAAAUCGGAGUCCGGUCCCGACACCGAAUUCUCUGGAUGUAAGGAGUAUGAAUACCCCGAGCAUUGCACCUACAAUUCAGACGAGCGAAAGCCAAGAGUUGGGAGGUAUCGGUAUUGUACUUCAACCAUCAAGAUCCAACCCACAGAACAUGGAAAUCAUGCACCUCUUUAACGGCGGUCCUGCACAGACAAGCGGUCUUGUUGCAGUCGGAGACGUUCAGUUUGCCCUUACAAGAGCCAUCGCGAUCUCCCAAAGAUCAGAUUCGCUAGAGGUGACAUCCCAGCCAAUCACUACUUCUGAAUAUGGGAAGAUAGGAUCACAUCAAGUCGGCGAAGAAAAAACAGCUCCCGUGCCAACAGAGAUUCCUGUCGUUUCUUCCGGAAAAAUAUCGACAUUCUCUGCUGUUGCUGAGCAUUCGACCAUCAAUUCAAACUCAGUCAAAGCACCAUGGAGUUCCUCGCCUAAGUCAAAUUUCUACAGGGCUGAUAUCUCAGGUAUCGGCGAUGCUGUCUCUGAAAGCGAAAGACAUUCUGCAAGAAGCAUCGAUAACAAAAAGGGAAAGCGCUCGAAGGAGUCAUUGAGGACGAUCACUGCGAUUCCAGAAUACAGCAAUUUUUCUCAAGAAGAACUGAGAGCAUCAUAUUAUCUUGAGAAGAUGACGGAAACCACUUCCGUGAAUCCACCAGGAUACAUGAAGCAGAAACCUGUGACUGCUCAGAGUGAACCAUCUGUCUCAAACAAUACCGAAAGUGUUGCACCAAGCGUAUCGAUGGACGAACAGAAGAAAAUUGGCAUCAGUGAGGAUGAAAAGGCAUCAUUUGUGGCAUGGAAGGUACAGCAGGAAAGAGAAUUGGAAGAAAAGCGUCUGCAGCAAGAGCACCUCUUUGCAGAGCAAAUGAAGAUCGCAGCUGACCUUGAAAAGCAGCAGAGUGAGCUGUUGCAGAAGCAGAUGGCAUUGGAACAGAAGGAAAAGGAAAUUCAGGACAUGAUGAGCGUUUCAAACGGCAGAUCAUUCAAGGAAGCUGGAGACGUAGAGGUCCAAGUCAAGAUGCCGGUAGAUGACAGAUCAAAAAGAGCUCCUACAGACGAAGAAUUGACCGAAGCAGCACUUGCUAUGCUACCAUCGGCUUUAGAUGACAUCAGGUUGGGGUCACAAAGCGCAACUGCAGCAAUCCGUAAAUCACAUCAUACUGAAUUGGAAGUAUCGCAAAAAGAAUUAGAUAUUCUGGACUUUGAAAGCAAGCGAACGGAACAUUCUUUGAAUGAUUCAAUGGCUGAAAACAUGCAAUCUGUAUCGCCAGAGCUUGUGAGCUUGACAUUAGACUUGGAAUAUGAUCAGUUUCUAUCCACUGUAGCUCGUAAAUCUGCUUUUCAGAACCAAUUGAAAAAGGAUAUUGUGUCAGCUCUCAAUACUGAUGAGCAUCGAGUGGUGAUAAUUGCCUUGAAUCGGGGAAGCAUAAUUGCCGAAAUUUGCCUAAUGCCAGCCCAAGGGGAUUCUGACACCAUGAGAGAUAAUCGAACGCCAAAAGUGCUUGCAUAUGAAUUGGCAGCUCAGGUUUCUGAUCCAUCAAGUGCACUGCGAGCGGCUAUAACAACCAAGAAGGCCUGUCGUGCUAUACUUCGCGGUCCUCCUGGACCAAAUCAGAUCAUUCAGGACACUGUCAAGAUUUCGACAAUUUGUUCUCCAAGAGGGUCGCUUUCCACAGAGAUUUCUCCUAGCAAACCAGAAAUUCCGUCAAGAUGGGCAGUUCUUGACAGAAAUGAUAUAGCUGAUGAGAGAGAAAUGUCUGCCUACUUGCUCAACAACGAGCGCAGCAAAUCGAAUCUUCCUGAAUCUAGCCUCACUGGAUCCUGGAACUACGAUGCAGUUACUGAUGGUCUCUUACCAUCGCCCAGCAGGAUUCAAAGCAAAUCUCCAGGGCAGAGGUCUUCUGAUCCGCUUUAUGCAUCCUUGCCAGCGUUUUCAGACCCAGUACAUGCAACCGGAACAAGUCCCUUGCAAUCGGCAUUAUCGCCUCAAUUCAUGCCCUCAAUCUUUGCUUCAGCUGGUGCCUACAGCACAACUUCGUCAAUGAGUCUGCCAGGAGCAGGCGAAAAGCUUCUAAGUUUAGGUGAAAAGGUGAUAGAAGCUCUUGCAUCCACUGGAACAGACCUGCUGAAACGAGGAAGAUACCAACAGGCUAGGAAGUAUCUGAAGGAGGCUCUGGAUGGUUCGAAGUCUUUACAGGCAGCGGGUCAUACAGUUCCAUCCAAUUUGACUUUCAAAAUUUUCGACGGUUUGGCAAUUGUUGGAAAUCUCGAACAAGACGAGCCCUUCAUCAUUGCUGAAGAUAGCGAGAAAUUGAAUCUGUGGUCCUCCAAUGGAAUGACAAGUCGCCUCCUUCAAAAGGAGAUGUUGCGUUUCGUCGAAAUGUCUCGGGAUUAG